AUGCCUCCUUUCACUUGUGCAAAAGUACUCGUGUCGCCCCUCUGUCGACAUGUCAUAGGGGAGAGGGCUUUUAUAUCAACAUCAUCUGUCUCCAGCGCGGGGGCUAGCUCAGAUGCGUCCUCUUCGAAAACACGUGAGAGUGGGGGACGCCGUGCAGCGAGGGAUAAAGACGGGAACCCUAUUGGAAGAGACAGUGGUCCGUUAUAUCGGGACUGGCUAAAGACCACUGGAUCCCAGUUCAAACAACCUAAGCUACAUUCGACCAAUUGGCUGGGGGGGAAAGUGCCAUUCCCCUUAAAUCCGACAUUCAAGCCACCACCUCCGCUUUCGGAUGCACUCCGUAAUACGGUAUAUAAUGCAUGGUUACGUGACCCUAAAGCCAAUAGCCCUCGACGGUUAGCUGCUCAGCACAGUAUAAGCAUCAAACGAGUUGAAGCCAUUAUAAGACUGAAGUCCCACCAAAGGAAUCUCGGGAAGGGCUUCGAACUCCAAACUGGUUUUCUUCGUGCUUGGGAGUCGGCUACUGGAGUGUUUGCCAAAGUUCCCCCGGAAAAGCGAGAUAUCAAUGUCAAGCCAGCCAAGGUAGAUCGUGAUGAUGCCGCCGCCGCAGAUUAUGAUGCGGACUGGGAGCAACUCCCAUCCACUUCUAUCUCGUCUGUGUACUGGGAACCUGUGGAUGAUGGCAAAACACCCAUUGUCCCUACGACCUUGGAGGAAUUGGCGCAGACGAAGCUGUCACAGGUUGCAUCCAAACCCCGACCCAAGUCAUCAAUUAAGAUAGGCAGCACCACUUUUGUGGAUGUUGGAUCCAAGUUCCAGCAUACAUAUAGCCCAAGAAAUCAUCAGAAGAGGAAGGAAGUCAGAGCUGCUCGAACCCUUUCCAAUGACACUACUGCCGCAAGACCCCAUGUCCAUACUGCGAACCCUACUGUGUAA